AUAAGUUUUACCUAAAGGGCUUUCCGUAGAUCUCAGCUUGUAUCCAGGCAACGAUGUCAACUCAUACUUAAAAUAGGUCUCCAAGAAGUAGGUUUCGCUUGACAUUUGUAUAACACGCGUUAGUAUUACUGAACGAUGGAUGAGACGCCACUGCAACAGAUGCCCCAUCCUCACAUCUAUGUGGAAAGGACCUUGGCACUGAUCAAACCGGACGCCGUUCACAAAGCAGACGAAAUCGAGGACAUCAUUCUCCGAUCGGGAUUUACUAUCCUGCAGAAGCGGAAACUACAGUUGAGUCCGGAGCAGUGCAGUGACUUCUAUGCAGAGCAGUACGGCAAACUGUUCUUCCCCAGCCUGACCGCGUUCAUGAGCUCUGGACCAAUCAUGGCGCUAGUACUGGCCCGGGACAACUGCAUCGCAUCCUGGAAGGCCAUGAUUGGACCUGCCAACGUCUCCAAAGCCAGAGAGACACACCCACACUGCCUCCGGGCCAGAUAUGGCACCUCAGACCUGCGGAACGCUGUGCACGGCAGCGAGAGCUUCUCUGCCAUGGAGAGGGAGAUAAAAUUCAUGUUUCCCAGCUCUGUGAUUGAGCCCAUUCCUAAGGGCGAGUCAGCCAAAGACUACCUGAGCAGGUUUGUCAACCCCACGCUGCUAGCUGGCCUGACUGAGCUUUGCAAGUGGAAACCAGCAGACCCUUUCACCUGGCUGGCGGGCUGGCUGGUAGAGAACAAUCCCAACAAGCCUAAAGUGUCUGAUGUUGGGACGACAGAAGAAACACAGUAGACUGGAAAGAUCUGCAAAAACAGUAAGCCACACGUGAGAGCAACAGUUAUAUGAAGAGAGGAUUCAUUUUUAAAUUAUAAGGAAUGGUUUCCAAAAAACCAAAUAAAAUAUAUUUUUCAAAAGUCUGCGAUGCUAUACUCAAUGCAACAGGUGUCUUGCCUGUCAGAUUUGUAUUGUAAUAUGACUGUGCAUUAACUGAAAGUACAGUAUGUGUUACACUUGUGUUAGCCCCAUAGGAAGAAAAGUGUACAAAUAGCAUUUUCUGCACGCCUUGUAUGUGAUGUGUUGUCCCGACAACAGGAGAGCUUAAAGGUCCAGGCAACUGAACUUUUAACCCAAUUAUAACCAUUAAAUUGUAAUCAACACUAUGAGAUUA